AUGUCAUCGCUGACCGAGAGGAGGAGGGGGAGGAGGGAGAGGGAGGGAGGAGGAGGGAUGAGGCCGGCCCACAGCAGCAGGGGCCAGGGCGACUCCAAACGCCUGCUCCUCCACUCCGGGGAAGAGGCGCAGCAGAGCGAGCGCUUGUCCCGGGAGGAGCGCGUUGAGAUCCGCCUGAAAAAAAAAACCUGCGACCACUGCAGCAAGAAAACAGAAAUGGCCGCCAUCAGGAAGAAGCUGGUGAUCGUGGGCGAUGGAGCGUGUGGUAAAACCUGUCUCCUCAUCGUGUUCAGUAAAGACCAGUUUCCUGAAGUCUACGUUCCCACUGUGUUUGAGAACUACAUCGCGGAUAUCGAAGUGGACGGGAAGCAGGUGGAAUUGGCGCUUUGGGACACAGCCGGACAAGAGGACUAUGACCGUCUCCGGCCGCUGUCGUACCCGGACACUGACGUCAUCUUAAUGUGCUUCUCCAUCGACAGCCCUGACAGUUUAGAAAAUAUUCCAGAGAAAUGGACGCCAGAGGUGAAACACUUUUGUCCGAACGUGCCCAUUAUCCUGGUCGGGAACAAGAAAGACCUGAGGAACGACGAGCACACUCGACGGGAGCUGGCCAAAAUGAAGCAGGAACCAGUGAAACCAGAGGAAGGCAGGGAGAUGGCCACCAGAAUAAGCGCGGUGAACUGCUUGGAAUGCUCGGCCAAAACUAAGGAAGGAGUGAGAGAAGUGUUUGAGAUGGCGACACGAGCGGCACUGGAAGUUCGCAAACGCAAGAAGAGAAAGGGUUGUGUAGUUCUGUGA